GGUUAAAACCGGAAAUAACCGGAAAACCGGGCCCUUCCCAGCCCAGCCCUUUACUGAAGCCCAGCCCCUCUCAACCCAGAAGCCCAAAUACCCAUCCGUAAAACCCUAAUGUGGCCAUCUCCAUCGUAGUCUCCACCUCCUCGCCGCAUUGUCAAUCUCUCUCUUUGCUCUCUGCUCUAGAAGAAGAAACAGAUCAGCCGAUCGCCGCACAACCGUCGAAGCAGCCGCCGCGCCGACUCGCCCUUUCUUCCGUGACGGCACCGCGAUCCCCCCUUCUGGCAGAGCGGUCGAGGUCUGGUCUCUGCUCUAGGCGAUGGUUACGGCUACAACGACAACGAUGGAGACGACGAUGUGAGAUCGCACCCAAUCUGGUCUCUCUCUCUUCUCAGUCUCACAAACCGAUUUGAGACCACCUUUGAUCUGCACCCUCCGUCUCGAUCUUGCCCAGAUCGAAACAUGCAACAACAACAAUGAAGCAAGAACAAGUGAAAGGGGAUGGCGACGACAACGAUGAUUUGGGGAUGGUGACGAUGGUGACUGCGACGACGAGGAAGACUCGGGAAUGGUGGCGAUGGUUGCGUCGGUGGGAGAGAACUCUCUAUCGGCGACACUUACAAUGUGAGAGGGAAAGAAACAUAGACAAAGAAGGAGAGAGAGAGAGAGAUUUGGCAAUUUGUUGGUUGCAGAUGCGUGUGUUUUUUGGUUUUGUGAGAGAAGAAGAAUUAGAACGGUGGCGUUUGGUGGAAGUGAAAAUAUCCAGUUUUUUGGUUGAAACCGGAUCGGACCGGAUCCAACCCAGUCCGAUCACGGUUGAAACCGGGUGUCCAUCCAAUCCAAUUUCCGGUUGUAGCUUUGCUCAAUACGGUUUCAAAAAACCGGGUUAAUCCGGUCCGGUUUUAACCGGACCAAACCGUUUCCCACCCCUACCAUGCAGCAUGCAUCUUACCUUCCAAGUAGCUCCAUAGGUUAACAUAUGGAUAGGUAACCUAUCAGGAACAUUUUUCACUGUGAUGUCAUUGUUGCGUGAGAUACAAUUUGCGAUUCUAGUGCUGUAUUUCUUUAAGUGUGGAGUUUGAUCUGUUUUAGUGGAGAUAACUUGAGUUGAUUAUUGAUGUGUGGAAUUUGCUUUCAACUGAAUGUUACUCUGUUUAAACCCGGCCUCUGAUAUUCCGCUCUUAAACUUCUACCAAGAGGCCUUGCUUUCAGUCCUUGGGUGUUUAUCUUUAGCCUUUAACUCGUUCUUUAAACCCAACCUGUUCCGACUCUCGGCAUCUAGUGAUGUAGUAAUGUGUGUGUGCUUGCUAGACCACAGUGUUGGAAGUUUAUGUCCAACGCACCUACAGAAACUGGGUCAUGACUCGAGUAAAACCAUCCAGAUUUAUGCUUUCCACAUUUUCAAGGUCUUUGUUGCUAACCCUAACAAGCCACAAGAAGUGAAAAUGAUCUUGGCCAGAAAUCAUGAAAAGCUGGUGGAAUUGCUCAUAGACCUCACAGUUGGGAAAGGUUCAGAGGACGAACAGUUCGAAGAGGAAAAGGAAAUGAUCAUCAAGGAAAUUGUAAGACUAUCUCGCGUGCCUAAUCUUCUGAACGGUUAGGCUGUGUUCGUUCUCGCCACGAUAAAUGCCCUGUAUCUCGUAUUACUGUUACUACAUGAAGAUUCUCUGCAACCAUCUGCAUUUUGUUCGAUGAAAUUCAGUUGUUUCUGUAUUUGAGGCUUUGGAGAAAGCCCUGCCCAACUGCAUUCCUUCCUCCCUUCGCCAAGUAAAUAGAAGAUAAGUAUACAUCUGCGCAUAACUAAUUAUUUUGAGCUUCAAUUCAAGUAGCCAAAAAAACCAAUUAUUCAUUUCCCGAAACCCCACAAGAACUCUGUGUUGUCACUAUUUCUCAGAGGAAAAAGCCUUUCACGGCGAGAUAAAAGUAUGUAAAUAUAGAGUUUGUGUAUAA